AUGAAAUUUCAAAACAAAACUCACAUCGUAGCGGUUUUCAAGAAUGUCACAGAUGGUAGUUUUUGUGCUUGUCUUGUGCGUCUAGUUUUAAGUCAUAAAAUCGAAGUAUGGUUGGUUAUCGUUAAAGGAAAAACAAAACUAUGUCAAUAUGGAGGCGGCUCUGUGGAAUUGGACGAGGUCAACGAGUCAAAUAUGUGCCACGCUGUAUAG